UGCACGGAUCUCGCAGUAUGCGUUAUCGUAGCUGCUGGCAAGAGCUGUCUGGUAUGACUUCUCGGUCCGCAGUUUUGAACAGCUGAGGUGCUUGAAACGUGUUGAAACGCGGAAAAAGUGAACCGCAGUGCUCUCGCCUUGACCCUGGUGCUACAAGAUGUCAGUCGAAACGCUGAAACUGCUGUGCAGCCCGACUUCGCUGGAACGGGACAGAGGCUACCAAGAGGCGCAGAGGUAUUUGACAACUGCGCAAGGCGGCGAUGUCAGCGUCUUCGAAGCGGCCGUGCUCGCUAAGCUGGAGAGCGACAAAUUCAAUUGGGAAUCGAAGAUAGGCGCCCUUCUGGGCGCCAAGGCGAUCGUGGAACAUCGACGCUCCGCGCAGCGGCCCAGCAACGAGCUGUUCCACGAAAGCGUCGCUCGUAUUUGCAUUUCGCUGGUGGCGGACCCCAACGUUAACGUGCGGUUGGAGGCCGGUCAUGUAUUGGGCACCCUCUGCGCCGUUGACGGCGUCAAGCUGUACGCGAAAUAUCACAAGGACCUGAUGCACCUGAUCGAAACCUACUUGGAUAAAGACCCGUCGGAGUCCGGUAGCGUUCAGGAGGAUGUGAAGACCGAAUCCAGCAUGUCCUCUCAUGAUGGAUCCAGCGCUGCGAAAGUUCUGCUGAACACUGUUGGCUGGAGGCACCUGGAGACAAGCAUAAAGUGCCUCCAAUCUGUUAUCGACGGCUGUGGAGCGAGCUUUGAAGAGUUCGUUGACAGCACGCUCCUCGAACUUCUCUGCAAAACUGUGCAACAUGUCAGCCGCUUUGUUCGUGAAACAACGUUUUGUGUCAUCUCUUCACUUGUCACCUGUUGUUCAGCAUCCGGAUCGAAAAGCCUCUUCGGUGCGAACCAGUACGGAAAAAGAAUUAGCAAGUGCCUUGCGCUUGGUUUAGCCGACAACUGGAGUCAGGUUCGGCUGGCGGCAUCAGAGGCGACCAGAAAGUUCUUGCUGUCCUUCUCUGAGAGGGAACGCGAGCUCUUCUUUCCUGAUCUCCUGCCCCAGAUGUGCCUUAACAGAUACUACACUGCUGAUGGGGUGCGCAUAUACUCCCAGGAGACGUGGCGUCGCAUUGCCAAAACAGAAGGCAGGGAGUUGGUUCAGAGGCACAUUGCUUGCGUGGUCGACUAUUAUAUAUCUCAGGCAGCUGCUGAUAAUCACGCUGUUCGGGAGGCAGCCUGCGCUUGCAUUGCGGAACUUGCCUCCAAGAUAGCUCACGAUGCUGUGAGGCCACACGUAUCCCGGCUCUUUCAAACCCUCCUCGUUUGCUUCCGAGACCCUUCGUGGGCAGUUCGGGAUGCCGCUUGUCUUGCUUGCGGGAACUUCAUGCUGUGCUACCCUGAAGAGUCCAAGGCAUCCCUCAAGACCGUCUACCCUUUGUUCUUUAACAACCUCCAAGAUUGCAUACCGUCUGUGCGGCAAGGGGCUGCGGCUGCUCUUGCCAAUGUCAUCAGGGCUUACGGUGAAGAAGCCUUUCAGGUGGUGAAGGCCAAAAUCACGGAGGGUCUUGCCGGUGUGGCCAAGCAGCCAGCAGAGAGCAUCCACUACAAGGACAUCCAGGGCUGGGGCUCCGGUGGGAGUAGUGGUACGCCUAGCAUCAAGGUCAUCAAAAAAAUUCAUGACAAUGACCCCGCCCUGCACACUAACCAGCCGGCUUUUUCCUGUGAAAAUCUCACUCCAAAGGCAGGGCUGCCUACAGACUGGAAUUACCGGAAACCAUCGGAACCUUGGGAGUUGGCUGAUGGGUGCAUCCACCUGAUAUCGGAGCUGUCCCAGGUAUCGCAGGUGUCGACGAGCGUCGCCGAAUUCCUGCCUGCUCUCUCGGAAGCAUCGAGGCACAGGCAUUACGUGCACCACGUGGUUUUGCUGGAGACUUUAUGCAGUCAGCUCCCCAACGUGGUGAAAGGCGUGGGAAAGCGAGUGUUCAAGAUGCACAUUGAACUCUUCUUCGAGCCCAUUUUCUACAGUCUGAACUGCGAGAAUGCUCUGACGUCCAGCGCGGCGAGUCAGUGCUUAAAUCAGCUCGCAAGUUUAUUCGGACCGAGCAUACUGAGGGCGAGAGUGGAGCAGUGGAAUUCAAGGUACUUGGAACAGCUCGAUGCCAACCUUCACAUAGCUGGUCUUUGAAGAAAGCCACACGAACAUCCGACAAGCCUCGACGUAUCAAGCCUGCGUGCCACUACUGGACUUAAACCUUGUUCACCGAAUUCUUAUCUUUUGCACGUAGUACUAGGUGCACAAGGCAUGGUUGUUUUUGUAUACCUAACCUGGAAAUGGGAGGGGGGGGGGAUUCUUACACUUUCCAGUGUGAAGUACCAUUCCACAGAGUUGUUUGAGCGAAAGUGCGAGUGUGCGAAAGGAUGCGCAAAGCUAGAGUAAUGGACGCUGUGGAUGUGGAUUUGGCUACGCCCUCUCUCCGCAGUUGGCCACUGGCGCUGCCAACGCGCGUCUGGGCCAAAGUGCAAUGCGGGUCCAAGUUGCCAGCCAAGAUGAUCUCUUUAGAUGGCAGCUAUGCAAGAAAUGUGUAACAUGCCUGCAUGCCUUUAACAUAUCAGUUCGAGAACAAACAAAAAAUAGUAUUCUUAAGCUUUCCUCAUUGGGAAAGUGUUUUUAUGGUUGAAACACUUCCAUGUGCGAGUAUUUAUGACAAAAUGCUGCCAUGCAGGAGAGAGUCAAAGAACAACAGUAUUUUUUUUUAAUGCGGUGGCAGUGGCUUUGUCUAAUGGCACCGUCUCUUUCAAGACUUCGUGACAACUUUUUUUGUUUGUUUUUGUUUCUUUGUCAACAAAGAUCUAGUCUGAAGAGAGACUUUGUUUUCAACUGAACAAGUUACUUGGCACACCGACGUAUAUCUAUAUAUAUAUAUAUAUUUUGUCUGUGCUGACCUUCCCAAACAUUUUUACAAAUAAAAGAUCCAAGCUCUGCUCCUGGUG